AUGGCAAGCGGACUUGAUGUGGCUGCCGCCGGCGUAGGAUUUGUCUCCCUUGGGGUCAUGUUACUACAAGGCUGUGUUCAAGGCUUCGUGCUCCUCUCCACAGCACAAAACUUUGGCACAGAUGCCGACCUAGUCAGAUGCGAGAUCGAGUUUGAACAGUAUCGUCUCUUUCGCUGGGCUGAGAAAGUUGGCUUGAACGGUCCCUCGCCAAAUCGAUACUUGAACUGGCAGGUGAUCACUGAUCAUCUCCGAAACUUGGAGACGCUUAUGACCAGCACUGCGAAUAUCAAAGAAAGAUAUGGCUUGGAUCUUGUUCUCACCGACGAGUUCAUAACGCCAAAUAAUUCCGAACUCCCAAAGAAAGGGUGGUGGAGGAUCCUGGCAUCUGUAAAAUCCGACGCCCUUAGCGAUACUCCUCGGAAGUUGCAAAAGGAUACUCGAAUAUGGAAGCGACUGAGGUGGGCCGCGAUCGAUAAGGAAGGAAUGGCAUUCCUGCUUAAUGACAUUCGUUCACUUGUGGACAAUCUUCACGAACUUCUUGAAACUGAAGAUCGAAAAUUUAUGCGAAGUGGAAUGGAGGCAAUACUGAGACAUGUUGUCUCUCAAACCACGGAUUCGUCAGAGCUGGCAAUCAUAGAACAGCUUCUGAGCCCUCGUUACGGCGUUCGGUCAAAACUUGAGGAUAGUGCAAUCAAAACGGCAGCUAGUAUUAAACAAAAGAGACUUAUGCUUGGAUUUGGCGAAGAAACUUCACCAGACACUGCUUCCGCCAGUUCCUCCACCACAACACUGGUUCCAGACAGUGGCUCAAGUUUUACUCAGUCAAAUUCUCGGCGGCCCUCACCAGGUGCCAGGAGAAGCAACGCGGGAAUGGGCAUUUCAGCAAGAGGACCACUGUCAUACAAUUUAUUGAGGAGGGAGAUGUCUAUGGAUUCUCAAACACGGGAGGUUGCGAUAUAUGAUGGCAAGACUGUUUUGGUUGAAUGGAAGACGGUCGAGCGGGGACUCGAGUCUAAAUUGAAGCAUCGAGUCAAAAGUCUGGCUGCCUUGCUUCAAGUCAUUGAUUGCAAGACCUUUCAUUCGUUAAGAUGCUUGGGGUAUUUGAAAGAUUCCAACAGCGGUGCUUACGGAUAUAUUUUCCAACCGCCAUUCGAAAACUCAAAUGCGUUUAUGUCUUUGCAUCAAGUUUUGAAUAUUGACAUGUUGCCCUCACUGAAUGAGCGCCUGACGUUAGCAAUUGUGUUGACCGAGACUGUUUUACAACUACACACAUCAGGCUGGCUUCAUAAAGGAAUCCGCUCCGAUAACAUUCUCCUCUUUCCUAAAGAUUCGGUUAUCGACCUUACUCACAGUUUCCUCGAAGGAUAUGAGUAUGCAAGAACCGACAAUCCUUCCGAAUUGACUGAAUUCGCUGAGCUACAACAAGAAGCAGAUUUAUAUCGCCACCGGGAUCUUUUAAAGCCCGAUAGGUCAUCCUUUCGUAAGGCUUUUGACCUCUACGCACUUGGGUGCGUGCUCGUUGAGGUUGGUCUGUGGCAAAACCUAACAACGAUCUUGUUGCAUUUUCUGCGAAACGAAAAGAUGAACGGCGGUAGCUUUCCUUGCAGACCUCCUGUUCAAAGAUUGGACUACGCAAACAAAUAUGAAAUGGCAGAGGUCAACAAGUCCAACAGCAGGCUACUUAAAGAGACGGGGGUUGGUAGUAUUCUAGCAGCACUGGAGUUCGCUGCCGGUCGGAGAUAUGCAGAGGCCGUAAGCUUGUGCCUCAAAGCUGGCGAUAGAGCCAAAAGUUCCAAAGGUUUGGAUUCUGAUGAUGGUUUAGACGAGUUUGAAGACGAUGAUCGUUGUCUUAGUAUAGAGAUUGAUGUACUUGACAUGUUAAAGAGCUGCAAAAUAUGA